GUAACAUCCCUUGGUUUGGUUAAGCAUACUAUGUAACCAUCCAACUAGCACUUAGCUAUCCUGCUACCUCAUUAAUGCCAAUGGUCAUUACGCACGAAUUUUUGACACCCAGGUCGAAUACUACCUUUGUCUUAGUUUAGUAAGUGAUUGAAGAGUCCUAGUCUGUGGCAGGCAGAUUCAUAUCCGUUCAGCAGGACAGCCUCUAGCGCUUCUCUCGUACCUGUUCAUUUAAAAUGCCGGUCGUUGAGUCUAUUUGGGAUCACUGGAUUGGUAAAGGCAUGAUGGUGGCAGCUUACUUAAUGCUGAACAUCUCGCUAAACAUGGUCAAUAAGUGGACUAUCUCCAUCUAUGGCUUCCACUUCCCUAUCGCGUUGUCCGUUGCCCACAUGGCCUUUAGCUUUUUAGCACUUGCCCCUUUCAUGUGCAACAAGCACAACCGAGAGCUGCACUACCCAUCGGUUAGCAAGCAGUGGCCGGGUCUCCUGUUCAUCUCCGUCUGCUUCGCAGUCAACAUGGGGCUCAACAACAUGUCUCUGCUGAGCAUAUCUCUCAGCCUGAACCAGGUCAUCAGGUCCUCCAUUCCCGUCUUCACCGCCAUCGGUGCGGUGGUGAUUGAGCAGCGGCCGCCCUCCCGGCAGGAGUUCCUGUCGCUGCUGGUGCUGGUGGGCGGCGUGUCCAUCGCGGUGUUCGAGGGAUCCAGCAACAAGGCGUCCUUCCUGGGGGUGCUCCUCUGCAUCAUUGGCACCAUGUGCAACGGACUGGCCAUGAGCUCCAUCGGGCGGCUGCUGACGGAGAAGAUGGACGUGCUGCGGCUCACCUUCUACACGGCGCCCAUGACGCUGCUGGUGCUGGUGCCCUUCUUCAACAAGCUGGAGGCAGAUGCCUUUGCAAAGUACUCGGCCCACGGUUCGGGCUACAUGGGCAUCAUUCUCUUGGGUUGUUUGAACGCCCUGCUGUACAACCUGAUCCACUCCUUCGUCAUUAAGGUGACCAGCUCGGUCACAACUACAGUGAUUGGGGAGAUGAAGAUUGUGCUCAUCUUGUUGUUAUCAGCCAUCAUCCUAGGCGAGUCCGACGUGUGGACGGCCAAGAUGUUGCUCGGCUGCACCACCGCCAUUCUGGGCUUCUGCAUGUACUCGCACAGCCGGCUCAUGGCGGGGCCGCAGAGCGCGCCGGUGAUCAUCAAGGGGGUGCCAGAGCUGGCACCCAGCCUCACCGACUCCAUACGCGCCCCGCUCAUGAGCUCGACCCUAUUAAUGGUCAAGCCGGGACGCAGCUGAUCGCGUUGGCACCUGCGCUACCUGGGUCCCGCAGGGGAGAUGUGGGUUGAGGUCCAAAUAUACAGGCUGUUGGGCGUGUUUAGGCGGCUGGCAUAGUUAAGGUAUAUGCAGGGGUGCUGUCACCAAUUGUUAUUAACAGGACCAAUUGUUAUUAACAUCUUCAUGUGGCGACCCAAUGGGGUAAGGGGUACAAAGAGUGCUAUCAUGCUGGGGUAGGGUAUGUGGAAGACAUGGCGGCAGGCAGAUACCAUAUUAACGAAUGAGGAAUGCAUGGAGGUAUGUCACUAUGGGUUAAGUUCCAGUUCAGCUUUUUCCACCGCUGAAGGGCUCACCUUGCAUCUACCAUAUUUUGGGUGAGAGCCGCAGGCUAUAGAUGGCUAUGAAGGGCGCGACGGCAGAGGCAUAGCUUUGGUGUGAUUCUGCGUGCCUCUAUGCAUUCGUGACCAAGGAAUUACUUAACUAGUAGGAGGUGCAGAGGUGGGAGGGACGCCGUGUACGUACUACGUAGCCAUGAGCACCCUA